AAGUUUGCAUUUUCACGAGCAGCAAAAAUGCAAGGUGCCCUAGAUUAUCCAGGUCAAGACACGCGCGUUCCAGUUUUUCUCACUACAACGUGGGCAAAACUUUCUAUGCGCGUUCGCCCAAAAAAUAUCAAACUUACAUUACCGCAUCAACCAAUUUUUUGAGGUUAAACAUUAACGAGUUGCGCCCUUAGUGUCCUAACGUUCACCAAAUAAAUAGAAGCACGUAUAUAUUUUGAGGUUAAUCAUUGUGACAGGUCAGGAAUCAGAACUACACCGGGUGCUUUCCAUUUAGAGCACAGCGUGACACGGUGUACAAAUUUCUAUUGUAAUCGGCAAAUCCGGGCAAACGAAUAGACCAGAAAUGUUUACACCGUGUGAUAUUGUGCUCUCAAUAGAAAGCAUCCAUUGUCAUACGAAACUUUUGACGCAUUCUCAAUAAUUUUUUUGCCCACGCGUGUCUUGACCUGUCUAAUCUAGGGACCUUGCAAAAAUGCUGCCACAGUAUCUUUGUAUCUAGUUGUUUGCCAAUAGAAAUGCCAAGAAAAUAGGUAAACCCAAGCCACAUUAUUUUAAGCUUGGAGGAAUAUUGCUGACCGACUGUGACAGUUAAAAAUUUUUAUCCACCAAAGGCUUGGACCAAAACGACGGAUCAAUUCUGAUUAAUUUUGCAACAGCAAGAAUUCGUAAGAAAUAAGAAUGUCACCACGAGGACCAAAAAAAUCCGGCCUGACGGUAGUUGGUAUGGCUCCAGAAUUGAAGCUGAAACCUUAUAGGAUACCGAAGGAUUUGCGAAAAGUUUUUGAGAACGGGAUGAAACACUUUACUGAAAUUAAUGAUAAACAGGAAGUUUAUUUGGAAAUGAUAAAAAAAGUGAUCAGCGAGAGGGAUAUUCAAUCCUAUUCUUACAUCAAUCACCUGAAACUGCUGUUGUACAUGGAAGAAUAUAAUAGAGAGCUUGAAAUGAAAAUGUAUGAUUUGAAAGAUCAAAAAAUAAAAAAAUGCCUCAGUGGAGAAGAAUUUCAAAUUUACGUGCCAGGACUAGGCGAAGACCGACCGUCAUUGCAGUUAUAUGACGAAGUUCUAUUGCGUAAAACAGACGACAGUAAUUGUUGGAUUUCGUCUAUAUCUUUCAUCGGUGAGAAAUACGUGAAAAUCGUAGCGCCGGCCAAAUUUUCCAAGAAAUUUAAUGAAGAAAACCUGUAUGAUAUCAAAUUCUUGUUACCAAGGAGAACUUUACAGUGUAGUCACUAUGCCAUUGAAUUAGUUGAAAUAAAUCAGCUAGUGCCUGCUUUGUUUCCAGAAAUCAGAACCUGCUAUAACAACUUAUCCAAAGAACUUACUUGGUUUGAUAAAAAUAUUGCCACUAAUGUCGAACAGAAACAAGCGAUUCGUAACAUUAUCGCUAGAACGGCCCAUCCAGCCCCUUACAUUUUAUUCGGCCCUCCUGGAACUGGAAAAACAGCGACCCUUGUUGAAGCUAUUUCUCAAAUAUGGAAACUCAACCCUUCGAAUCAUAUUCUGAUUUGCACACCAUCGAACGCAGCUGCAGAUGAAAUUUUAAAAAGGUUAUUGAAAAACAUUCCUGAACAAGACGUUUAUCGCAUGUAUGGGUCGUCACGAAACUGGGAUGACGUGGACGAAGAAAUCCAACCGUGCUCUAACUUUGUCGAUGGGGAAAAGAUAUUUUUGCCAAAGGAACUCCUCAUGUUGAGGCGUAUUGUAGUGGUUACUCUCAUGUCAUGCGCUAGAUUACUCGCGUUGAAAUUGUGGGAAAACCAUUUCGCUUACGUGUUUAUAGACGAGGGGGGUCAGGCAACCGAACCUGAAACGUUAAUUCCAUUAGGUCUCAUGAGCAGUGCCGAUUCUUCCCAUAAAGGACGCCUUCAAGGUCAACUAGUUAUUGCUGGUGAUCCAAUGCAGCUGGGACCAAGCAUUGCUAUGAGAACACCAGAAACAUUAGCAAAAUCAAUGUUGGAACGGCUAAUGAAGCAAUGCUCACCAUACAAAAAAGAUCAGUCUGGAAAGUAUAACCCAAAAUACAUCACAAAACUUGUGCGAAACUUCAGAAGCAAUAAAUUUAUACUGCACGUACCCAACAUCCUGUUCUAUGAUGACGAGCUUCAGCAGUGUGGAAUAAGUGCAGAUAUAAAUAGAGCACUGGGUUUCAAAAAAUUGAUAAACAAAUCUUUUCCCCUUAUUUUUCAUGCUGUAAAUGGGCAGGAAUGUAGAAAUUCCAACUCACCAAGCAUAUACAACAUGGCAGAGGUCAAUGUAAUAAUGGUGUACCUCGAGAAUUUGAUUGGCACUAAACUUGGAAAUCGCAAAUUAGAACAAAAAGAUAUUGGCAUUAUUACGCCAUAUAAACUUCAAAGAAAUAAAAUACAUCAAGAGUUAGAAAAAAGAAAUUGGGACGAAAUAUCUGUAGGAACUGUAGAAAUCUUUCAAGGCCAAGAAAGGGACGUCAUUAUUAUGUCUACAGUGAGAUCGCUCAUGGUUAAACACAACGGAAGGGAACAUCUAGGCUUUCUAUCAAAUCCCAAGAGAUUCAACGUAGCUAUUACAAGAGCAAAAUCUCUACUGAUUACAGUAGGAAAUCAACGUAUCUUACAGGUCGACCCCUACUGGGAUAAGUUAAUAAAAUAUUGCAGAGAUAAUAAUGCAUACACUGGUGCACGUUUUUAUCCUAAACAAAAACUUACGAACGGAGAGAAAAAGAAACUCAUUGCCAAAAAAUAUGUUCCACAGCCAGUUAGUGAUCAAGAUUUCCAAUUCCCAGACAUAGACACUUCAGUCAUCCAUAAAUUUGAAAACUGCCAAUUCUCAGAGAAUCUUAUCCCAAGAAGGAGGGCAAGAAUGCCAAGAGUCAACAAAGACCUUGCCUCUUCUCCUCAGUUCACGUCUGAUUCUGGUGUAACCAGCACGUCAAACAGUAGUUCAACAACGGAUUCAGAAUUACAGGACACAGCCAGCAAUUUUUCAAGUACCGAUGGACAUAUACCGCCAAGCAAAAGUGGCAGCUUAUCUUCAAUUUCUGAUCCAUCACCAGCGGACGAAGUAUUACAUAUUAGAUCUAUAAAAGAUAUUCUCGAUACUAGUUUUGAUCUCGAUGAUUCGAGUGAAUCUACAACUUCUAGCAAUGAAUAUGAUCUUAAUGAUGUGUCACUGGGAUUAGAGAAGAUACGGUUAUCGGACGUUUGAUGUAUAAUUGUAAACGAUUAGGAUUUGAAAUGUGAUACAUUAUACUGUCUUAACCACGAUGGUUCUCAUGAAGUCACGUUUGGUGUUUCUUUGGUUGAGUAUUCAUGUACGGUGACGUCGUAUGAUAACAUUUUUUAAAUCUGUUAAAUCUUCACCAAGAAAUUACAAAAAUUAGUUAUUUCACUGUAGAUUUUCUAAUCAUUUUGAAUAAUACGUUUUACCCGUGAGCGAAAAUCUUGGAGGUUUGCGUAUAUUAUUUAUGGUGCGAAGUAUACAACAGUGAUGUUAAAACGAACGCAUUUUCCUAUGUUUGGCGAAUAGGUUGUAGUGGUAAACGAACCUGGUCCAAAAGCACAAAUUUUUUACGUAAAUGAAAUUACGUUUAUAAUAUAUAAUUACUAAUUGUAAGAAAGUUUAAGAAAGAUACGAAUGAUUGUACGAUUGAUUCUAUUUAAAAGAAUGUGAUCUCUUUGAUUCAAUAAUAGAUUUCACCGUGUGUAUUAUCCGUAAACAUACACAAUAUUCAAUUUCUAGAUGCUUACUGCUAAACAGUAUAUCAUGACGCAGUCAAGGAUCAUAAAAACUAAAUCUUGGAAAAUCACGAAAUUUUAUGAUUUUCGUAAAUUUAGAACUUCUCCGCAUGUUUCAUCAAAGUGGCUAGGGAAAUACAUGUGAAUAUUACCCAACUAAUUACACUUAAUAUUAUUAUUGACUUUAUACUCGCCAUUAUUAUUGUUUCCUACAAUCUGCUGUGUAACAUUCAUCAUGUACGAUGAUAAGCUCCUAUACACAUUAUUUGAAGUAUUCGUUAUUGAGGAAAAGAGAUAGCGAUAGAGAUACAGAUUUUUUAAAAUUUAGGCUAGCAUUCUGUGGUACCUUAGUCUUAUAUAGCCUAUUUGGCAUAUUAUGGUUUGAAAAAAAUUUUACGCAAAAUUUGUGUGUUAUGUUAAAAUCGCGAAUAUUCGUACCUAAUGAUAAGACGAUUUUAAUCACGUUCAAGGAAACCCUCCAACAUUCACGUCAAAGAGUUGAGCAACAUUUCGCAACUGCUUUGUGUAUACAAGUUAUUUUUUAUAUGAUGUAUGACUUUGUAAUGUAAAAAUUAUUGCCCAGUUCAUGGCAUUACUUUUUUAUGUCGUUAAACUUAUAACGACAUCUUUUGUACUGGUUAAAUAAGAGAAUGUU